GGCCUUCCCCGGAGGGUGGGGUGGGGGGCUGUGGCCAGCGCCAUGCUGCGCCUGGGGCUGUGCGCCGCCGCGCUGCUGUGCGUGUGCCGGCCGGGCUCCGUGCGCGCUGACUGCUGGCUCAUCGAGGGCGACAAGGGUUACGUGUGGCUGGCCAUCUGCAGCCAGAACCAGCCGCCCUACGAGACCAUCCCGCAGCACAUCAACAGCACCGUGCACGACCUGCGCCUCAAUGAGAACAAGCUCAAGGCCGUGCUCUACUCCUCGCUUAACCGCUUCGGGAACCUCACGGACCUCAACCUCACCAAGAACGAGAUCUCGUACAUCGAGGACGGCGCUUUCCUGGGCCAGUCGAGUCUGCAGGUGCUGCAGCUCGGCUACAACAAGCUCAGCAACCUGACGGAGGGCAUGCUGCGCGGCAUGGGCCGCCUGCAGUUCCUCUUCGUGCAGCACAACCUCAUCGAGGUGGUGACGCCCGCCGCCUUCUCCGAGUGCCCGAGCCUCAUCAGCAUCGACCUGUCCUCCAACCGCCUCAGCCGCCUGGACGGCGCCACCUUCGCCAGCCUGGCCAGCCUCAUGGUGUGCGAGCUGGCCGGCAACCCCUUCAACUGUGAGUGCGACCUCUUCGGCUUUCUGGCCUGGCUGGUGGUCUUCAACAACGUCACCAAGAACUACGACCGCCUGCAGUGCGAGUCCCCGCGCGAGUUCGCCGGCUACCCGCUGCUGGUGCCCCGGCCCUACCACAGCCUCAACGCCAUCACCGUGCUCCAGGCCAAGUGCCGCAACGGCUCGCUGCCCGCCCGGCCCGCCAGCCACCCCACGCCCUACUCCACCGACGCCCAGAGGGAGCCUGAUGAGAACUCGGGCUUCAACCCCGACGAGAUCCUCUCGGUGGAGCCCCCGGCCUCGUCCACCACGGACGCGUCAGCGGGACCCGCCAUCAAGCUGCACCACGUGACCUUCACCUCGGCCACCCUGGUCGUCAUCAUCCCGCACCCCUACAGCAAGAUGUACGUCCUGGUCCAGUACAACAACAGCUACUUCUCCGACGUUAUGACGCUCAAGAACAAGAAGGAGAUCGUCACGCUUGACAAGCUGCGGGCGCACACCGAGUACACGUUCUGUGUGACCUCGCUGCGCAACAGCCGCCGCUUCAACCACACCUGCCUGACCUUUACCACGCGGGACCCCGUCCCGGGCGACCUGGCGCCCAGCACCUCCACCACCACCCACUACAUCAUGACCAUCCUGGGCUGCCUCUUCGGCAUGGUCAUUGUGCUGGGCGCCGUCUACUACUGUUUGCGCAAGCGGCGGAUGCAGGAGGAGAAGCAGAAGUCGGUCAAGGUCAAGAAAACCAUCCUGGAGAUGCGCUACGGGGCGGACGUGGACGCCGGCUCUGUCGUCCACGCCGCCCAGAAGCUGGGCGAACCCCCUGUGCUGCCCGUGUCCUGCAUGUCGUCCAUCCCUUCCAUGAUCGGGGAGAAGCUGCCCACCUCCAAGGCGCUGGAGGCCGGGCUGGACACCCCCAAGGUGGCCACCAAGGGCAACUACAUCGAGGUGCGCACGGGUGCGGGCGGGGAUGGCCUGGCCCGGCCCGAAGACGACCUCCCGGACCUGGAGAACGGCCAGGGCUCGGCCGCCGAGAUCUCCACCAUUGCCAAGGAGGUGGACAAGGUCAACCAGAUCAUUAACAAUUGCAUCGAUGCCCUCAAGCUGGACUCGGCUUCGUUUCUGGGGGGAGGAGGCGGCGGUGGGGACCCCGAGCUGGCCUUCGAGUGCCAGUCCCUCCCCGCAGCCGCCGCCGCUGUGUCCUCGGCCGCCGCCCCCGGGGCGCUGGAGCGUCCCAGCUUCCUCUCGCCCCCCUACAAGGAGAGCUCCCACCACCCGCUGCAGCGCCAGCUGAGCGCGGACGCAGCCGUGGCCCGCAAGACCUGCAGCGUGUCCUCCAGCGGCUCCAUCAAGAGCGCCAAGGUCUUCAGCCUGGACGUGCCCGACCACCCGGCUGCCGCGGGGCUGGCCAAGGGCGACUCCAAGUACAUAGAGAAGGGCAGCCCCCUCAACAGCCCGCUGGACCGGCUCCCGCUGGUGCCCGCGGGCGGCGGCGGGGGUGGCGGGGGCGGUGGGGGCGGCGGCGUCCACCACCUGGAGGUGAAGCCCGCCUACCACUGCAGCGAGCACCGGCACAGCUUCCCAGCCCUGUACUACGAGGAGGGCGCCGACAGCCUCAGCCAGCGCGUGUCCUUCCUCAAGCCGCUGACCCGCUCCAAGCGGGACUCCACCUACUCGCAGCUCUCCCCCAGACACUACUACUCAGGGUACUCCUCCAGCCCCGAGUACUCCUCCGAGAGCACGCACAAGAUCUGGGAGCGCUUCCGGCCCUACAAGAAGCACCCCCGGGAGGAGGUGUAUGUGGCUGCCGGCCACGCCCUGCGCAAGAAGGUCCAGUUCGCCAAGGACGAGGACCUGCACGACAUCCUCGAUUACUGGAAGGGGGUCUCGGCCCAGCAGAAGCUGUGACCCUCUCCUUCCCGGUGAGGCCGGACGGGGGAGGGUUGGGGGGGGCCCCCACGGGGAAGGGCCCCGCAGCCGGGCAGGGGGGAGGGUGUGGCGCUGGGGGCCGGGGCCGAGGAGCGGACGCACACGCACACCCGCACGCACGCACCCAUGCACACACCUGACCACCACCUGACUGUGAACAGCCACCACCCGACAACAACGGACAGGAAAACAGAGACACGUUCUCCUUCAAGUUUACACACUGAUACCGAAACCAGUCGUCUUUACUGUGCUGCCCAGGGACUCUGCGGGGGUGUGCCGGGCUGGGGAGGGCGGGGCGCAGGCCAGGAAGC